GCCCCACGGCAGAGGACGCAGUGGGGAGGGCCUGCGCCCCAGUCCUGGCCGGGUCGCUUGCCCCCUCCCCACCGCUGUGUGGUUUUGAAAAUGUCAGGCGAUGGGCAGCGGGACACAGCCUGGCACGGGUGUGUGCGCUGGGGGCCUCUCCGCGCGCGCCCGGGGUUCUCCUCCGCCCCCCACCUGUGGCUCUCCAGGGCCUGCCUCCUCCCUGCCCCCAGCUUCCGAAGGGCAUUGCCGAAGCCAGGUCCUCACACCUGCGCCUCCAGCGGGCUCCUUAAUGGCCUGGCCGUUCGUGGGGCAGCCAGAGGGGUCUGCCCGGGUCCCCCUCACCCUCUGGCUCCUCAUUUUCACCCUCCCUUCCCCCACUUCUCUCCCUUCCCCACCCCCACCUCCUCCAUUUUCCCAAAUUCCUGGUCCCUGCUGUUUGGCUAGAAAUGUUUCAGGCACUGAGGGCCAGAGGGUAACAGGCAGUCAGAACAGAGGGGCAGCUGGCCCUGGACACACGCGGGGCCCUGACCAAGGUGCCCAGGCUGAGGCGUUGAGGAGGCUGCCUGUUCCCUGCACACAGCCCCGAGUCAUCGAGACAGAAAGGAGGAAGCCGGGACUCAAACCCACCGCUCUGCCUCACACAUGCCUUCCAGAGACACCUGCCCGCGCGGGUGGGGACAGCCUGUGCUUCCUCCACGCCCAGGCUCCAGCGAGGAGGCCAGGGCAGGCCUUCCCCAGCCUCUCAGUGCCCACAGUGAGGCGGAAGCAGCUCAGUGUGGAACGCGCGCCCAGGGCCGUCCCCGCCGGGCGCCAGCUCGGGUCUGUUUCUGGCUCCGUGUUCCAGGCUCCCACCCGGUGCAGGCGCAGAACAGCCAGAAUGCUUCACCAAGGACAUCUGCUCCCAAUCUUCGUGGUCAAGGACUUGUUAAACUGCAGAUUCCUGGGCCUCGGGCCACUGAACCCUGCUAUCUGAGCUCCGACCUGGGUUUUACAUCAGCACAGUCAGGCUUGAGACACCCGGAGCUGGGCUCUGAGCAGGCCCGCGCUGUCCCAGACCGAGCCGUCUCCCCCGACAGAGAUCACCUCCCUUCACCUUGCCCCUUCGUGUCUCCCGGUGCCCUCACUCUUCCAGCUGAGAGCUAAUCGUUCACAGAUGAAAAACCCACCAGGCCCGGUGGGGUGUCACGUGCCUGUGAUCUCGUCUCUCGGGAGGCUGAGGCAGGAGGAUGUCGAGUUAGAAUGUAGCCUGGGCAACUUAGUGUGAGGCCAUCCUGAGCUACAGAGCAAGAGCUUGCCUCAAAAAAAAAACACCCCAAAAUAGUUGGUAAAUAAAUAAAGACGCAGGGGGGCACGGCCCCAGGGAGGAAAGGCGGGAAGGAACAAGCACCCUGCACUUCUCCACGGCCCCCCCCACAAGCCCUAGGCACCAAGCUAGCAAGGACCCUCGAGAGGCAUCUUGAGAACAGAGGGAACUGGAGCACCCCACUGCAGAGCCACCGCAGGGACCUCUAGCUGGGCUGUGAGGCACAAUUAGCGCUGGUCUCCAGGAGGCCUCGUCCAGCUCCCUCCGCCCCGUGCAGGGAGAGUGUGUUUGUGGAAGGAUUUGCUGUGUUUGCUGCAGGCAAAUCUCUGCCUUUUCUCUACUGGCAGCUGGUGAGAGAAACUGACUCCUAGGCUGCGCUCCGGGGUCCCAAAGGGCUGCCUGGGGCAGGGGCAUGGCUUGUUCUAGGGGGACACCCCCCCCAAGGCAGAGUGAGGAAGCUAUCCAGAGAGGUCCGGUCAGCCUCACCAGGUGAACCACCCAUCCUUGGUGACAGCAGCUUUGUAGGUAGUGAGUGCCCUGUGCUGGGAGGUAAUCAAGGACAGGCCAGGGUGGAGGGUGGUGUGUGUGGGCAGAGAAGGAACCGAGAGUUGGCCAGAGAUCUAUUUCAGAAGAAGGCCAUGAGGAGCAGAGCGGCACUGGUGGAGGAGGACGAGGAGGCAUGUGACCUCCAUCAUCAGGGCAGCCCGGCCCUGGCCUGUUCUGGCCCCAGGACCCAGGGAGAGGCCCCUCACCCAGCGUGCUCAUGUCACCCCAGGAAAGUGGGUGUCAGGGAAGAGCCGUGACAUCUGAAGGCCACUGGGGCACCAGCAGCUCCUGCUCUCCUGGGUCCCACCUUGGGCUUCUCCUACACCCCACGUCCUGCUCCUAUGAAUAAUUUUUAUUGUUAUUUCUUUAUUUAUUUGUCUUUUGAGUCAGGGUCUCACUGUGUAGCCCAGGCUGGCCUUGAAUUCAUGGUGAUCCUCCUGCCUCCGCCUCCUGAGCGCUGAGACAGCAGGGCCCAGUGAAAACAUUAUUAAAGAAACGAGAAGA